GGGGCAGGGGUCCGCGGGACGCGCUCUGCGUGCCGGGAGCUAGGGGCCGGCGUCCUCAGGGUCGCGCCCUCGCGGAGCCGCAGCCCCGAGGCGGGCGGGGACCCUCGGCGCCGCUGCCCCCGCCCCGCCGUCCCCGCCGCCCCCGCCCCGCCGCCGCCCCCGCCCAGCGCCGCCGCCGGGAAGUUUGCGCGCGGCUGGCGCGGGGCGCAGGGCGCAGGGCGCGGAGCGGCGCCGACCGAGCGAGCGCGCCGGGAGCACGCGGGGAGCCGAGCCCGAACGCGAGCGCUCGGCGCGCCAGGACCCAGGCCUCAGGGGUGGCUUGGGGGCAGCAGGAGCACCCGGCUAGCACCGUCUCCCAUCCCUGCUCUGGCAGCUCCAGCCUGUGGCCCCCCGGGCCCCUCACCCCAGCGUGCAGCCCCUGCCAGAUGUGGGGGGCAGCUGCCCAGAGGCAUGCCCCCCACCGGGCCGUGCCGCCCUCUCCCGCCGCCGGCGCUGCUGCUGCUGCUGCUGCUGCUGCUCGCUGGCCAGCCGCAGGCCGCCUCCGCCCAGGUGAUGGACUUCCUAUUUGAGAAGUGGAAGCUGUACAGGGACCAGUGUCACCGCAACCUGAGCCUGCUGCCGCCGCCCACCCAGCUGGUCUGCAACAGGACCUUCGACAAGUACUCCUGCUGGCCCGACACCCUGCCCAACACCACGGCCAACAUCAGCUGCCCCUGGUACCUGCCUUGGUACCACAAAGUGCAGCAUCGCCUGGUGUUCAAGAGGUGUGGUCUGGAUGGGCAGUGGGAGCGUGGGCCCCGGGGGCAGCCGUGGCGCGACGCCUCCCAGUGCCAGAUGGACGCAGACGAGAUGGAGGCCCAGAAGGAGGUGGCCAAGAUGUACCGCAGCUUCCAGGUGAUGUACACCGUGGGCUACACGCUGUCGCUGGCGGCCCUGCUCCUGGCCCUGGCCGUGCUGAUGGGCUGCAGCCAGCUGCAUUGCACCCGCAACCACAUCCACGCCAACCUGUUUGCCUCCUUCGUGCUCAAGGCCAGCGCGGUGCUGGCCACUGACCGGCUGCUGCAGACCCGCUACGGCCAGCAGCUGGGCGACGACCUCAGCGUGAGCGUCUGGCUCAGUGACGGGGCUGUGGCCGGCUGCCGGGUAGCCGCGGUGUCCAUGCAGUACAGCGUCGUGGCCAACUACUGCUGGCUGCUGGCGGAAGGGCUCUACCUGCACAGCCUGCUGAGCCUGCCCGCCCUCCCCGAGAGGAGCCACUUCUGCCUCUACCUGGCCAUCGGCUGGGGCGCCCCCCUGCUGUUUGUCAUCCCCUGGGCGGUGGUCAAGUGCCUGUUCGAGAACGUCCAGUGCUGGACCAGCAAUGACAACAUGGGCUUCUGGUGGAUCCUCCGUGCCCCCGUCUUCCUGGCCAUCCUGAUCAACUUCUUCAUCUUCGUCCGCGUCGUCCACCUCCUCGUGGCCAAGCUGAGAGCCCACCAGAUGCACCGCACCGACUACAAGUUCCGGCUGGCCAAGUCCACACUGACCCUCAUCCCUCUGCUGGGCGUCCAUGAAGUGGUCUUCGCCUUCGUGACGGACGAGCAGGCCCAGGGCGCCCUGCGUGCCACCAAGCUCUUCUUCGACCUCUUUCUCAGCUCCUUCCAGGGCCUGCUGGUGGCUGUCCUCUACUGCUUCCUCAACAAGGAGGUGCAGUCGGAGCUGCUCCGGCGCUGGCGCCGCUGGCGCAUCGGCAAAGCUCUGCGGGAGGAGCGGUCGGUCAGCGUCCACGUGCCCUCCGCCCCGCCCGAGAAGCUGCGGCCGGCGCAGGAUGGGGGCAGCCCCGGGGCCGGCCGGGACCCCUCCUCGGAAGCCCUCUUGGCCGGUGACCUCCCUGGGCUGGCCAAGAGCCCCUUCUGAGUCCUCGCCAGGGCACCAGGAGAGGGCGUUGCUGGACGGGACUGACCGCCCAGCCCUGGCUGCCGGCCAGCAGUCCCCGCUGUCCUCGUCCGCCCCGGGGUGGCCUCGGAGCAGGGUCCUGGUGGCAGGGGCUGUGCCGGCCGUGCCCGCAUCCUGGGUGCGGCCACAAUAAAGGCCUGGGCUGCGA